CACAGGGAGCAGCGACCCAUACUGCAUCGUGAAGAUCGACGAUGAGGCCAUCAUCAGGACUGCCACGGUGUGGAAAACACUGUCCCCAUUCUGGGGGGAGGAGUAUGAGGUGCAGCUCCAGCCCAGCUUCCACAGUGUCUCCAUCUAUGUCAUGGAUGAGGAUGCGCUCAGCCGUGAUGACGUUAUUGGGAAGGUCUGCAUUACCCGGGACAUGCUGGUGGAGCAACCCAAAGGCUACAGUGGCUGGAUGAGCCUCAGUGAGGUGGAUCCUGAUGAGGAGGUGCAGGGGGAGAUCCACCUGCGGGUGGAGGUCCUGGGCAGCCAGGGCAGCCGUCAGCUGCGCUGCUCCGUGCUGGAGGCCAGGGAUUUGGCCAGGAAGGACCGGAAUGGUGCAUCUGACCCCUUUGUCCGCCUGCGCUACAACGGCAAGACACAGGAGAGCACUGUGGUCAAGAAAUCCUGUUACCCUCGCUGGAAUGAGACCUUUGAGUUCGAGCUGGCCGAGCCUGAUGGGGAGAAGCUCUGUGUGGAGGUGUGGGACUGGGACUUCGUCGGCAGGAAUGACUUCCUGGGCAAGGUGGUGUUCAGCAUCCAGGGGCUGGAGGCGGCCGGGCAGGAGGAGGGGGGGUUCAGGCUGCGGCCGGAGUAGAGGACCAGUGAGCGCCGAGGCAGCCUGGGCUCGCUGCAGCUGCAGGUGAGGCUGCGGGACGAGACGGGGGCGGAGACGGUGCGCCCCUCCCACUGCUACCAGCCCCUGGUCCAGCUCCUGUGCCAGGAGGUGAAGUCAGGGCGCCAGGAUGGCCAAGUGCACCUGGUCACCCUCCUGGACGAAACCACCACGGCUGAGUGCCGGCAGGAGGUCGCUGUCAGCUUGAUCAAACUCUUCCUGGGCCAAGGGCUGGUCAAGGAGUUCCUGGACUUGCUCUUCGAGCUGGAGCUGGCCAAGCCCUGUGAGCCCAACACUUUGUUCCGGAGCAACUCCCUGGCCUCAAAGUCAAUGGAGUCCUUCCUCAAGGUGACGGGGAUGCCAUACCUGCACACUGUCCUGGGACCCACCAUUGCCCGUGUGUUCGAGGAGAAGAAGUACGUGGAGCUGGACCCUGGCAAGGUGGAGACCAAAGACGUUGGGUGCUCAGGGCUGCACCGGGUGCAGACGGAGGGUGAGGUGAUCGAGCAGGGCCGACAGCACCUCCAGUCCUACCUUGGUGAGCUGCUGGAUGCCAUCGUCAAGUCAGCCCCAGCGUGUCCCCCUGUCAUUCGCGCUGCUUUCCGGCAGCUCUUCCAGCGCGUCGGGCAGCGCUUCCCCGAGCACCAGCAUGCCAAAUUUGUGGCUGUCACCAGCUUCCUCUGCCUCCGCUUCUUCUCUCCGGCUGUCAUGACCCCCAAGCUCUUCCAGCUGCGGGAGACUCCGGCGGCUGGGCGUGCCAAGGAGACGUGGCUGUCCCCACUGCUGCCCGCUCUGCAGCAGGGCAUCGCCCGCAUGAAGGACUUCAUCACACAGCUGGUGGGGAUGGAGCAGGAGCAGGAGGGUGAGGGGCAGCCACUGGGCCCCCCCCCAGCAGUGGGGAAGGAGGGGCUGCUCUUGGUGCACAAGACACGGGGCAAGGGGCCACUGCUUGCCGCUGCCGCUGGCAAGAAGCUCCACUUCUGCCUCACCGGGGAGUCCCUCAGCUUUGGCAAGAGCCCCAGCACUGAGCGUAUGGGUGCCAUCGCCCUGGCCGACAUCCUCGCCGCNNNGAAGGUGGAGGAGAAGAGCUUCGGGAGCUCCCACGUCAUGCAGGUGGUUUACAUGGACACGGGUGGGCAGCAGGAGACAGCUUACCUCAGUGCAAGGUGCGUCAAUGAGCUGAACCAGUGGCUGUCAGCCCUGCGCAAGGUGUGCGGCAACAACCCCCGUGUGCUCCGUGCCUACCACCCUG